CAGCUUUUGAAAUACAAGUGGGAAAUACAAACAGGUGGUUGAACGUCAAAAUCCAGUCCUGUACUCUGGUACUGUCCAUAUAUGACCGUUUUUACCUUAUCAUCUGGAUGAAAUUUUCUCAAAAUGGAAGACGAAAACGUUUUGUUGGUAGAUGUUACUGUUCCUCCAGAGAUGGAUUCUCCCCUGGAUUUUUCACGUCCACUUAUCAGCAGUCAUAGUCCACAACUUCCAUCUAAGGUUACAGAAGAUACCAGCAACAAGGAAAACGCAGAUGCAACCAUAGACUCGAUUGAGAUUGAGCGUAGUGAUGAAAGUGACCGUCGUCACAGCCUUACUCUGUCCACACCUGGAGCCCUGCAUCACCGCAUCUUGAGGGAUGUUACACAGAAGUCAACCUGUAGUAAUGCUGUAUCUAGUCCAGUUAUCUCUAUGCUGGAAGAUGAGAUGUUUGAUUUUGACUUUGCUUUGUCUCCGGCGUCAGGAUCACUAGAGCGAAGUCAGGAAGAAGAGGAGGAGGAGGAGGAGGAAGUGUUCUUUGGACCUAUGGGAUUUGCAGAAAGAUGUGUAGCUCAGGCUGUAGGGCCAGAAGUAAAGCCACUGAGCCCUCUUAAUGCUGGUCAAAUAGCAGAACUUGUUAAAGAGGCUGCCCUAGUUGCUUACAGACUGAAGACAGAUUAUAAAAAUUCCUCAUUGAAUGAAAGUGAAUCUCCACCAAAAAAGCGACACUCUCGUAGUGGAACCUUUACCAUGGACAGCAGCCCUCUCAAGCUAUUAUCCCUACCUAUCAUAGAAUCUGAGGAGCCCAGUCCAGAGGCAGAGACGACAAACAAACCUGACAGUGCCAGCAAGAAAAAUGGAGGCACUGUCACCAAGGGUAACAAGGAAAAUUUGUUAGAGCAGGGGAGAAAACUCGUAACGCCAAACAGAUCAAAAUCACGAAGAUCAGGGCUGGUACCUCCUGCUAACAAGGCUAAGAAAAGUUUACAUGGGGUGUUUAAGGCAAAACCUACUGAGAAAAACCCUGAGGAAGACGUGCCAACAGAAAGUGAAGCACAGGUAACAAGGCCUGAUGUCAAAUCUCGGACCAGUAACCCUGUGCCUGUAAUAAAACAGGCAUUGACAAGCAAGAUACCCGACAAAAAGAGUGGACUUGCAAGACCAACACAAAGGCUUCAGCCUCCAAAAAGCAUUCAGCCUCCAAAAAGCCAUCUGGCUGUCAAAGCUAUAGACACAUCCAGCAGUACAUCAAUUGCUACAACAGGAAGUAAACCUCCCAGUUCCUCUUUGAAGCGAUCUUUACAACCUCCUAAAACAUUUACUAAAGAUUCAGACAUGUCCAAUAAUAAUUCUGUCAAUGCUUCAGCAAACAGAACAGUUAGUAAUCCAAAUCGUAGAUCAAUUCAACCCCUGAAAAGUUGUUUAGCUGUAAAAACUGACUCGUCCACAAAUAGAAAUACAAAUUCAACAUCGAAUCGCAAAUCAUUGAAUACAACCAUCAGUAUGACAGGGAGCCGCUCCAUCACUCCAGCAUCAGGCAAGGAGAGUAAGUUAAAGAUUCCCGGUAGUAGUGGUACAAAACUGAACAGAUCCUACACUAUAUCGGAGCCCAAGUCUACAAAUGCAUCUGAGGCUCCUGGAAGCAAGCGACCAGCAUCAAAGCUUAGCUUACUACAACCAAGUCAGAUUAAGAAAAAGACGAUAGCUAUGCCUAGCAACACCAAAGUGUCCAAUGGGCCUGUCAAGGCAAUGGCACCAGCUGGAAUCCAGUCACGAACAGUGGAGAAAAAGCCCAGUGUCAGGUUAGGGUCCAGUUCCUCGGGACAUGUUUCUAUGUCCACACCAAUCAAAGUACAAAAGAACGUCCAGCCCAAACUCCUGUCUAGUACAUUUACUGCCACUCCUUCAACGUCAGGAAGCACUAGUAACUUUAUGAGCAGUACGCCAUCCUCGACCAGCAAACGACGGUCAUGUCUACCAACACCCAACUCUUCCAGGACGAGUUCCAUAAGCUCCAUAAGCUCCAUUCCUCCUCCCAGCCCUCUGUCCUGUAGAAGUGGGAGCAGUACAUCCUCCUACAGCAGUGUGUGCGAUUCUCCCUUCACCACAAGGGGGCGUGGUCCGCGGUUGGCCAGGAAACAGAGCGUUGGAAUGUAUGCAAGUCUUGAUGAAAUCAAUGAACACUCCCCCAGUGCACUAAUGCCGAGGAAACAGAGGGUGUUGAACACCCCUAACAUGCCAGAGCCAAAGAGGAUAUCCAAGUGGUCCCCAGUACACAAGACUAAGCCCCUGUGUCUGGACGAAGCUGUUUCUCAGUGUACAAAGCGUACUGCCUCCAGAUAGACCUGUACCUACAGUGUACAUGUAGGCUGGCAGAGACUUCAUCAAUGGAAAGGGGGAAAAAAUACAAAAAAAUGUCUAUACAAUCAAUAGGUGUUGGAAUAUUCUACCUCUGUACAAUUGGUAAUAGAAUAGUGAUCCAGCUUUGUAUGAGUGUAUUCAUGUACUUAUAACCUUCAUCUUAAGGAUCCCUGUCCCACUGCACUUUUUGUUUGUAUAUACAGUGACUUAACCCUUUCACCCCAUGUAACUUUAAUAAACUCUACCAUGCAUUGAUCUGGAUAAGUCCAUUAUGGUCUACAGUGGAUAAGGUAAACCUCCAUUUGGCUAUGACUGUCACACAGUUGGGCGCGGACACUUCUGUCGACGAGGUGUCUCGGUCAGUUAAAGUGAUGGUGUAACAGUCUGAAGUUCAGGGUUCUAAUCCCUGUCUAGUCCUUCUGAAUUUCUACAAUCAGAACAUUACACUGAUGUUUGAUUAUUUUCAUCAUGUUAAUUUCAUCUCUUUUAAUUUUCACGAAGACUGUUGCAAGGUUUGGUCUUCUUUCCACAAAUGAUUUAUCAAAGCUAUAGUCAUGCUGACAAAAUCAGUUUCCAAUAAUUAGUUACAGUUUUUGGCAGUGGUACAGGGAUCCUUAAAUCGCUCACUACUGUCAUCAUUUUGAUCCUAUUUUCAUGCUGUUCAUCUACAAUGUCCUGUUUUUUUUGCGUUCUGUCCUGCUUGAAUACUACUUCAUCCAUCUCCCUUAUCUUUUAAUAAAUCCUAUUUAAUUAAUCAUUUGUACUAAUUUUAUUGACAAAAUCUUUCUUCACAGAGUUUUAAAAGUUUUCUCACUAUAUCAGCCUGUUUUGGGUUUGUUAUUUUUGUCAUCAUUACCUGUGUACUGACAUAUACCAACAAAUAGCAAGGCUGACAUCAUUUCAUUGAGUUGUUUUAAUCAAAUGAUAACAACCAUAAAGGUGAUUGAUGAGCAGAUAGCCAGGAAUAGCGCUAGACUUUUUGAAAGUUUGGUCCUAAUCAAUAAAUUUGAUUUCAUUGCUUCAUUGAUGAUACAAAUAUUGCCUUAAUACAUUCACUGGUAGGCCGUCGAUGUAUGAAGUAUGAGACGGUGAGAAUUAAUCAGGAUUUAUGUCUACUGAAUUAGCUUGCUAGAAUAGAUAAAAGUCAUAAUUUAGUUUCAAUAUUUACUCGCUCUAAUAUAUAUAAUGAUCAUAAUUUCAAUUCGUUAUCAUAAAUGGUCUUAUUUUCUGUGAAUAAAUUUUUGCGAACUGUGUGGCCCUAAUUAAGACUGCCAAAUUUAAACAUUGCUACAAAGUAUAGAUUGUUUUAGUUUAAAAUCACUGAAAUAAAAUAAAGAAAAAAAAUCCUUUUUGUCUAACUUAGGUUUUCUGCUUCUCAGAAUACACUAACAUGUAUUCCUACAUGUAGAUAGGACUUGAACAUAUCUAACUGUCAUAGGAUGUCAUCAGUGCUAACAAGCACGAGGAGUUUGCCGGCUUGCUCAGUUAAUUGUUUAAUUUCAUAAUUAGGUCAGAGAUCUGAUUUUAAUUAGAUUGGCUAGACUUGUAUUAUACAUCACAGGUACUCACUGUAAUUCUUCCCCGUCUACCUAGAAAAGAUGAAUAGUGACAUUAGACGGCUGAUUUAACAUGGCCUCAGGACAUUUCGUUCUCUACGAUCACGAUUUUCCUGUCCUGUAGCACAAGAUAACACCAGUGAUACAGGUAUAUUGUACUUCAUUAUCAAUGGCCACAUGCUUUUUUCAUGGUACCUCAGUACAUACUCUUUGAGUGCAGAAAUACUGGUGUAAUACAUUUUGGCUUAAAUCAUAUUGUAAUUUGACCAAAACUUUAUCAUAGCGACUGAACUAGACAUAAACUAAAGGAGAUGCAUGAUAAUGAUCAUGUAUUUCAGUAGUUGAACAAAAACUACCUCAGGCUAAAAGUUCCGACUGUACAACAUCAACGAUUUCCUAAUAACACAGUUUUCAAGGGUCAGCACAUUGUGAAGCCCAGCGUGAAAUAAAACUUGGGUGGUUAUGUGAGAAAUACAUGUGUAACAACAUCAGACAGGCGAUAGUUUGUAUUGUCCCCUGAUAAGUUUAUUUAACGUGAACAGAAAAGCUUGUGUGAUAGUUCUCGAGUACUAAGUUUGUGAUAAAAGUUGUUAGUACUACAAUGAUAUAAUGUUGAUAAACAUUGGCUGUAAUAUUACCAUGGAAUAGUAAAAUGUCCUGUGUUGUAUAUUUUUAGUCUAUUGUGUGAUGUAAAUACUUCAGUGUUUAAGCUUUUAUAACUUGGCAUGUAGAUAUGUUGUAGAAUAACCAAGUACAAUGUAUGUGUUUAAUUAAGAGGCCCCAUUCUCUCCAGUUUUAGAAAUAUUGAUGUCUUAGCUUACAGUUCCCAGCCCAGGUUUUUCAGUUAUAUUUGAGACCGGACUCAAUUUUUUCUUUAUGGGCUUCACCAAUAUUUUGAUAGCCCACUAUAACUCUUAGGUAAGGGACUCAUCAAAAUAUUAAAAAGAGUUUACUUGAAAAAAAUACAAAAAUUACUGAUCAUUCUUCAUUCUUAAAAUCAUAUUAAGAUAAAAGUCUGGAUUUCCUACAAUGCCCUUAAAUCUUUAAAAUAAUCUAGUUUAUUUUUGCAUUUUUAAGUUAGGAGAUCUGGGCUCAUUUUUCGAAGCUGGCCUUUAUGAAGGCUGUCUUAUUUUAGAAGCCCCGUAGAUGGUUAAAUGUGUAUGGCUAAUUUUUGCGGCUAUCUUACUUGAAAGCAUUUUAAUCAGUAUAGAAGUCAUAGCUGAAUAGGGGCCUCUUAAUUGAUUUUUUUAGAUAUAAUUGACUUCAAGGAAUCCAAGGUAUAUUUUCAAGGCUGCCUUAUUUUCCAGAUAUAUUUGACUGCAAGGAAUCAAAGCUUAUUUUCGAAGGCAGCCAACAUUUUCGAUGUGGGUAUAUCAUAAGAUGGUCAAGUGCGGAUGUAUUUAUGUUGAGAAAUUGCCUCUUAACUAGAAAUUAAAAAACUACCUGAUAAAUAUGUACAUUUCUCAGGUUGGUGACAAACAGGAUUUCACUUGUUGUUUGCUUUUUCGUGUGAUUUCCUGUAGAGUCUAACACCCUAAGUAAGAUAUGUAACAUGUGAUAUAUAUUUUCACAUUUAACAUUAAUGAAUGUCCAUGAUGCUUAUUAAUAAAAGAAAAUAUUGUCAUUUAAUUUAAUAUUUUAAGCAGAAUGUACCUUAAGGUUUUCCUAAAAGGCCGUAUUUUCCAACAUUUGGUGACAUAAUUGUAUGAUUGAUGUUUGAGACUUGAAAUCAACAUUAUUUGUCAGAAAUACAAUUUCAAUGUAAAGUAUAAUAAUGGUAUUGUAUAAACAGUAAUAUAAGCAGGCUUAUGUUAUACUAUGGGCUACUUGUCCGGUGUAUUGUUUAUGUUAUAUUUACUAGAAAUAUUUUGUUAAGAAAGUCAUUUUUGUGAUUGAUUCUUCUGCAAUGGUAGGUCUUUUCAUCCAUUUUCAGUCAUUUUGGCUUAAUAUCAAUAAAUAAUAUCAUUUCACAGAAAAUGUGAAGUCUUGUGAUUUUUUUUUUGAAUUUUUUUUCAGAAAUUAAAAUUUAUCUCAAGCUCUGAUAUUACCAACGAUUGAUAUAAUGCUGAAUUUGAUUUUUGUGUUAAAAUUGAAUGAAAGCUUUGUCAACUUAUUUUUGAAUCACCUAUGUGCAUGACUGUUGGGUAAACUUUUAAUUUCUGGACAAAAUUUCAUGAAAAAAAGGUUGCUCUUGACAAUAUCCACUGAUUAUUGUGUGAUGAUCAUGUAAUACUGGUAGCCACCCAAGACUUGAACUUUUGUGGUGAAAUGGCAUCUUCAUUAAUCAGGGGUUUAUGCCCACUUUCACUCUGCACCCCUGGAAAAUGUCUUGACAAAAUCGAAGGCUUAUUGUAUGCAACGUUGUAGAUGAGACAAGAAGACAAAUUUGAUCCUUUUAUGUAUAUCAAAAUAAUCUCGCGUUGGCGUAACAGUAAACAUUGAUCCGCUUUGAAGUCGGUUGUCGCUCCUUUGUAAUCUUCAGAAGACAGGUAUCAGCCUUGUGAUUGGUCAGGUGUACCUUGUAACAUGUGGUACAAUAAAAAAUCAUGUCAAGUUUUGGUUUGCAAGAUGUUUUUAAUAGGUCAGAAUGUUGUGAGCAUUUGCUGAGCCACCAUUAAUAUUGUACUUCCUAUUAGAUUUUUUUCAACUUUUAAUGAGAACUGUUUUCCAUACAUUAAAUAUCAAAACUUUUCGAAUCAUUUCCCAUUUUCCCCUGGUAAAAAUUGAAUAUAUUGCUGAAUUAACGGAAUUAGCUUUUUGUUUUUUAUUUGGAAUUAUAUUUUAUAUUUUUAUUUUUUUUUAAGUUUAGAAAAUCGUUCAGUUGUAGUUAAGCUGAUAUAUUUUUUACAUUCAAUGCUUCAUUGGAUAUCAGUUUAUAGCUAGUGACAUCAGUGGAUGUUUUCCAGGCUCUUGAGGUUGUUGCUUGUAUUUACCUAGCAUGAUUCCCAGGACCUCCUCUCUUUUGGCUCGCUCACCUGACAGAGGUUUCCCAUGCUUCUAAUGUCCUUUAAUGACCUUAGCUGUCCAUUGGACAUUAAACAAAAUCAAUCCCAUGCCUCUCACACUGUGGCUUAUAAUACAAGCAGAAUGUUCCCUAUGCCUCCUACAUGUAUGUUGUGGCUAGUGAAACCCGGUGGAGGUUUCCCAUGCCUCAUACAUUUUAGCUUAAAAAACCCGGUGGAGGUUUCCCAUGCCUCUUACACUAGCUUAAAAAACCUGGAGGAGGUUCCCAGCUCUUGAGGUUGUUACUAGCACCUCUAAUUGUUUGAGACGGUUGAUUAUACUAUAACUAAGUACAAGAUAUUCCUACCUUGUCCUCAAUAUCAUUGUGUUACAUCUGUAAGACCUAGUUCCUGUUGAUGGUCUGAACGUUAUGUAAAACCCUGUCAGGUGUGAGCCAGGUUGUGUAUCUGUGUUAUCAGUCUGUAGACCACCAUUGUGUAAUUAUGUCAAGUGCUUAUUUUAUUAAAAUUGGUUAUGAGAA